AGUCACAUUGAGAGUAAUCAAUUUGUCAUGACAGUUAACCAACCAUAAACACUCGCUAUAAAACCAUGGUUUAUUGCCCCCCUUUGUAUCGUCAAUUUCUUCAUUCCCUCUCUCCCUAGUGUUUUCCGAUAUGGCUUCAGCUGAUGUUGACUACCGAUGCUUCGUCGGAGGGCUCGCUUGGGCCACCGAUGACCGGGCUCUCGAAGAAGCCUUCAGUGUGUAUGGCGAGAUCGUCGAAUCGAAGAUUAUCAAUGACCGUGAGUCUGGAAGAUCCCGAGGCUUUGGGUUCGUAACUUUCCGUGACGAGAAAUCUAUGAGAGACGCUAUUGAAGGAAUGAACGGUCAGAAUCUUGACGGAAGGAACAUUACCGUAAACGAAGCCCAAUCACGCCGAAGCGGUGGAGGCGGCGGUGAAGGAUACGGAGGAGGAAGCGGAGGCUACAAAAGAAGUGGAGGAGGCGGAGGAUAUGGUCGCCGUGAAGGAGGCUAUGGAGGUGGCCGUCGUGAGGGUGUAUUCGGGAAUGGUGGAGGAUAUGACGGCGGAGGCGGUGGUGGCGGAUAUGGCGGAGGCGGUGGAGGAUAUGGAGGCGGUGGCCGAUAUGGCGGAGGCGGUGGAGGAUAUGGAGGCGGUGGCGGAUAUGGCGGCGGUGGCGGUGGUGGAUAUGGAGGUUGACGCUGAGAUGGUGGGUCUCGUUACUCGAGGAGGCGGAGCGUCUGAUGGGAGCUGGAAGACUUAGGGUCGUAGGGUUAGCAUUUAAGUGGGCUUUGGGCUUUGCUUUUUCAGUUGGAUGAUGACGUGUUUCAAAUAUUGGUGCUUUAUGGUUGUUUUAUAGCAGUUUGGAUUCUCUCGUUUUUGACCGAUGUUUAUGUGACAAAAAAAAUGGAAGGAAGUAUACUAUCUUCUUUUCAAUUUCCAAACCUAAAA